AUGGAGCUUAGCAACAGUAGCUGGUUUCAGCCCCCAGCUCUUCUUCUCACUGGCAUUCCAGGACUGGAAGCUGUACAAAUAUGGAUCUCCAUCCCGCUGUGCAUCAUGUACUUAAUUGCCCUCCUAGGAAACUCUACCAUCCUCUUUGUCAUCAAAACCACUUCCAUCCUUCAUGAACCCCAGUACAUCUUUCUGUGCAUGCUUGCAGCUACUGAUGUCGGUCUGUCUUUUUCCACUCUACCUACAGUAUUCAGUGUCUUCCUCCUGAAUCGCAGGCAGAUUGAAUUCCACUCUUGCCUGGCACAAAUGUUUUUCAUUCAUACCUUCUCUUCCAUGGAGUCAGCUAUCCUGCUGGCCAUGGCCUUUGACAGGUUUGUAGCUAUUCGCAACCCUCUGCAGUACACGGUGGUUUUAACUCCUUCUCGGAUUAUUGGCAUGGGGCUUGCAGCUGUGACUCGUGGUGUGAUUUUGAUGGCACCGUUGCCGAUCCUGCUCAAGCGGCUGCCCUUCUGCAAGGGUGUCAUUCUCUCUCAUUGUUACUGCUACCAUCCUGAUGUUAUGAAGCUUGCCUGUGGACGUGUCAGGGUCAACGUCAUCUAUGGCUUGUCUCUAGUCCUGUGUUCUUUUGGAAUUGACUCUGUGUUCAUUGUCAUUUCAUAUGUCUUGAUUCUGCAGACAGUGCUGGGUAUCGCCUCAGGAAGUGGCAGGCUCAGGGCACUUAAUACUUGUGUUUCUCACAUCUUCACAGUCUUCAUCUUCUAUGUGCCACUCAUUGUGUUAGCCCUGAUUCACAGGUUUGGUACAUUCACUUCUCCUCUUCUCCAUGUCACUAUGGCCAAUCUCUUUCUCUUCUUGACUCCUGUCCUUAAUCCUUUAGUUUAUAGUCUUAAGACCAAACAGAUAAGGUCAGCAGUGUGUAAAGUAUUCAAGGAGAGGGAAAUCUUGCUCAAUUAG